CCACCGGGUGACGCCAUUGGUCAGUUAAAUGAAAUCAAGGUAUACUUCAAAAGGCAUAAGCCACGCGCGAGGAGCUAUCGAGCGUUUCACAUACAUCAUAUAUUUCAUAAACUGGGUGGGGUCGUUUCAAACUUUUUACCGGCGGCAAAAGUCUCGCCGUGUGAACCGUCAGCAGCUGUUGUCGAAGGAGACCACGUGACGUCACCUCCCCCCCCCCGUCCUCGUCCCGUGGUUCUCAGGCUCCGACUUUAUUAAAGAGGAUGUAACGCGGGCGAUGAAGGUGAGACUCGCUGAGGAUUUCGGAUCCGCAAGCACGACUUUGAGCGGACGCCAUGGAGGAGAAACGCAUGCAGCCGCAGAUGCUUCUGAUCGUCUCCCUGCUGAUCCUCUGUGUGCCACCAGGGGGCGACACCUCGCCCAUCACCUGCUACAACGACCACGGAGAGGCUGUGGAUUGGUUCUACGUGUACAAGCUGCCUAAAGAUCCUGACCCGCAAGCUCCCCAUCGGGGUUUGAGCUACUUGCUGCUGGAAAGGGGGAGCGAGGGAUGGACCAACGGGACGGGGUCAGUGAACGACACGGCGGGCGCUCUGGGCAGGACGGUGGGACAGCUGUACUCGCGGGGACAGAACGCCGACGUCGCGUACGUCCUUUACAACGACCAGAGUCCAGCAGGGGGCGCCGACAGGAAGGGGCGGGGCCACACCAAAGGCGUCGUCCUGCUGGACGGGAAGCAAGGCUUCUGGUUGGUGCACAGCACGCCUCACUUCCCCGCCGUGCGAGGGGAGGGACGCUACUACUACCCCGACAGCGGCGUGAACAACGGCCAGAGCUUCAUCUGCGUCACCUACCCGCUGCAGCGCUUCCAGGCCGUCGGGGAGCAGCUUCAGAUCAACCAGCCCAACGUGUACGACUGCCACGUCCCCGAGUCCUUGGCCUCCGCGGUGCCCUCGCUGGCUGCCGUCUGCGGCAAACGGCGGCCCCGGGGUCGCGUCCCCCCCCCCACCGAGACGGCGUCCAACCGCAGCGUGACUCUGACCUCCAAGGGCGGCACCGAGUUCAUCAGCUUCGCCAAAGGGGCCUCUUUCGACCGCGACCUGUACCACUCCUGGGUGGCCCCCAGCCUGGGGUCGGACCUCCUGGUCCAGUUCUGGGUCCGCUCGUCGGGCGUCCUCCCCUCGGACUGCUCGCUGGGCUGGAAGGUGCUGGACGUGACGCUCCUCAACCCGGGCUCCACGUUCACCUUCAAGACCAGCCAGGACCACUCCAAGUGGGCCGUGAGCCCCGGGGCGGCCGGCCCCGCCGGGGGGGGCGGCUGGGUGUGCGUGGGGGACAUCAACCGCAACGAGGCGGAGGAGCGGCGCGGCGGGGGCACGGUGUGCCUGCGGGACCCGGCCGUGUGGAAGGCGUACCGGUCGGCGGCGCUGGAGUGCGAGUCGUGCGGAGGGGAAACGGGGCAGUGCUGAA